AUGCAAGUGGCAAGCCCUUCUCCGCUGUCAAGGGCACCGGCCCAAAGCCCUUCGAGGCCAAGGUCUGCAGUCAAUCCCUUCGGUUCCACCGAGCUCGAUGGCUCAUCCGCGACUCCUUCGAGACGACGGCUGCGUCGAAGUCUGCGGCUAUCCGGUGCCUCUCUGUCCUCUCCGCAGAAUGCGCUCAACAAGGAGAAUAUUGGCUCCACUCCGCUCGGUCAGCCGUCCACCUCUGCAAAGACGCUCGACAUCGGCUUGUCCGGCAAUGGCACACCUAGCAGCCCGAAAGUCAGCUCGCCACUCACCAGCAGCAGCUCGCCAAACAGCACGUCGCCCCUGCGUACUCGCAGUCCACACAAGCAGAACAGGUCACCACUGCGCCGCACAUUCCACUCCCAGGAUGACGGCAACGUCUCAUCCUCGGACGAGUCCGACGAUUCCACGCUCGUCUUCUUUGGAAAGCCCUCCUCAGCCGAAAAGAAGAAGCGCGUGCACUACGAGCAGCGAGUACUAGAGAAGCGUCUCAAGCAUAAAGACAGCCUCGACCUCGCCAGAAGGAGACCCAUCAGCUUCAACCCCGACGACACCAUGCUCCUCGACGAUCCGCAUGUCAGCGGUUGGUCCUGGUCCAAGCCUACGCCCACACCUUCGCGGCUUAGCAGACUGGUCUUGUUCUCAGCAGCACAGUCCCCAGACGUCUUCGCUUCUCCAACGAGAAGCCUUACUACGGUUCGUAGCUCAUCGCCUGAGCCUCUAGGCCUGUCUCUGCCAGUGCAAAGCAACGUCGAGGAAAACGCGGCUCUCAUUACGACAAACAUGGAUACUACAGGUCCAUCUUCGGGCCCAGAAGCAGCUACAGCCAUCAAGGAGCUCUCAUCACCUCCGACGGAAGCAGCUGAAGGUGCGCAAGAGCCGCUUGCAGAAGACCACGAGCCCGCCAAUGAGCUCGCCAAUGAGCCCGUCGGAAGUUCAGCGAAGGAUCAACAAAGCGGCAACCCCUUCUUAGCAGCUCAAAGCAGCCCAGAGAAAGACUUGACAGCCCAACGCAGCCCGUCAAAACAGCACCAGGCAUCUCCGCAACGUAUACAAAGCCCAGUUCGUUCCGUCGAGACGCUGAUCGGUGCCGCAAUAGCGCAGAACAAGGACCUCGUUUCGCCCUCACGCUCGCCUAGACGCUCCCCGAGACUUUCGCUUCGAGCCCUGCAGCUGUCCACCUCACCUACAAAGCCAAGCUCGACAGGUCUCUUCCUGGGCACGUCGACGCCAUUCCGGCAGCUCUCUGCGAUGCAACAAUCCACCCCGUUGCCGCAAUCGACUCCCAACCAGCAACCUGCCGUCGCGCAGCCUGUUCCGCCCAGCACGGGUCUCUCCCGCUUUGCUUGCCUGCAGAAUCUCUCUCCCAUCAAUGGUCGAGUGCUCGCAACUCCGGGCGGCAGAGUCUUGUCCAUGCAAAUGGCACACCCUUCGACACUGCCAUCGCCAUUUAUCAGCGGCGGCUUGUUUGAAUCGACUUUCACGGUCCCUCCUGCUGCUCCUCAUCUCGCUUCCCCUUCUCGAACGCCGUCCAGGACCAUGCGGCUGGCAAGCCCUACCAAGGUCGCCGCGGUCUCACCGUCACAAGUUCGGAAUGCCAGCGAGCAGAUUGGCGACUCGCGACCACGGAUGGCAUCUGGCGCUUCGCUUUUACCUGGCACGCCAUCGGUCCGCUUCGCGCUACCUGCACUCCUCGAGACACCGAGCAAGGCCGACGGCUCCGUCAGCGAAAGCCUGCAAGUAGCUCGUUCUCCGUCGCCGAGCAAGGUCCAAACUGUGGCAGAGGCUGCUGCAUCACCCACCCGAGCAUCUCCUGCGCGCCAUGCAUGCACGUCUCCUCUGCGUCAGCAACAAGAUCCAGCAUUGCAGUCGCUGUCAACUCCGCCUUCAACUACAGCAGGAAACAAGCCAGAGACGCCGGGUCCUGCCUUCAGGCAGACCGCUCGACGGGUCCCGAUCCAGCAGCACGAGGCCGAGUUUGGCGUCAGAUUGUCACCUGAAAAGCCCUCCUAUUCGCCUCGGAAGGCCUAUGCCAACAGCUCGGCCAGAACAAACGAUUUUGGCGUCAAGACGGAGCGAGUGCCAGCUCGUCGUGUGGUGAUGCAGCCCACAGCAGCAGCACGUCAGGCUUCUGGCAAGAUCAAUCAGCCUCCAGCGAUUGGUGCUGCAAGAGUCGCCAGUGUAGCCUCAAAGGCAGCCCGUACCGUCAGUAGUGGAACGAGCAGGAUUGGCAGCCAGAGUUCGAGUCUUCCUGCAACCGCGUUGUCUCGCUUUGCAUCGGCCACCCAUGCUUCGUCCUCUGCCGCAGCUGCUCCGGCCAUGACAGCUGUGCAGCCUGUCGCGCGGUCGGUAUCGUCGACGCAGGGCUCCUCUGUGGCAUCCAAGGCUUCCCGCCUCCAACGUCCAGCUUCAGUUGCGUUCGGAGCGAGGCCCAACUCGCCGUCAAAGCAGGCACGCUCGAUGAGUGGUCUUCCCAGACCGAGAUCGAUGCAGCCAACCGCCUCGUCUGCUCCGGCUUCGGGUCCAGGAUCCCGUCUUCCACGACCAGCGACGGUCGGCCUCUCUGCGGGUGCAGUAAAGCCAACAUCCCGACCAGUGCCCAUGGCGGUGAGCAGACUCGCUCCAUCUCAACCGGGCGUCGUUCGUGCUCCAGCGCCCCCUGCAGCACCGAAAGGUCAUGCCAUCGCGGCGCCUGCCAGCGUCAGCUCAGCAGCAUCUUCGCCAGCUUCAGAAGCACCCGACGCGAUACCAGAGGGUUCUCCUGAGGUCAAGCAGGUUCCGGAGGAACUGAAAGAGACAAGCGCAGUGGUUGAGGAUGUCGAGACGGCUGCAACGAGCCUUCCCGCCACGGUCGCUCCAAAGCAGCCUAUCGGGACGCUGGUCAACUCUGGCUUGCGCAGGCAGGCAUCCGCAUCGGCAUUACGGGAGACCUCGCGAGAAGCUGAGGCCCAGAGUCAGCCGAGCAUGGCAGCCGACGCGUCACAAAUCAAGGCAGGCAAGGUGGCCAUUGCAACGGCAGAUAACACCACAACGCGCUCGUCGAGUCCAGUUGUGCCUGUGCCUGCAGCCAAAUUGGCGUCGCCAGCACGCACCGCGCCUGCGGUGGUCCUGGAUGCUGAGCAGCGGCGUCUGCGGUGCCUUGCAAUGCAGGAGAAAGCCCGCAACCGCAUGCCGAAGGGAAGCUCAAGCUCCAGCGCUCCUACAAGCUCCGACGUGGAGGAGCUGCUUUCCAGCGAGGCGAGCACAGCCAGAGGGUCACCACCCAGCAACGUUGUCGAGUUCGCCCCCGCCAGCGCUCCUACUGCCGUCGAGGCGCUAGCAGCGAAGCACGCUGAGGCUGUGGAUGCCGCAUUGAACGCUUCUGCCCAGUCGAACGCUACCAUUGCAGCAACGACAACGGCUGGUGCCACCGCUGCCUCUGCGGGACGACCACUGCGAUCGGCAAGAAACGCUUCACGAACCCUCACACCGUCAGCGACCCGAGUUCCACCUGCACGAGGACGUGCGUUGAGUCUGAACGACAUCAUUGCUGCUCGCAAGAUUGAUGUGCCACUGUCUCUGACGGACCAGCUCAAACUUGCGGACACAGUCAACAAGAAGCACAACGAGAAGACGCUAGCAAGGUACAAGGUCACCAAGAUUCAGAGGCCCUAUGAGCGACCGCCCAGCCCCGACCGUCACGAUCACGAGCCCGAGGCCUGUACAAUCAUCGACAUUGACGACGUGAGCAGUCAUCGUCAAGGGAAAGGUGACAUGUCUCCCUACUCUACACCGCCCAAAGGCUCGUCUUCGUCGGCGUACAACUCUGCCAACGCUCGAAAGAGUGUGCGUUGGUACCGACCGCUGUUUGUAGGCCAGGGCGCGCAGUACGGCACCCAAUCGUGCGAGGUUCGACCGGCAUUGAGGCCGAUCACCUACGAGCUGGACAAAUUGGGCAACAAGGUGGCCACCGGCUGCUCACCGAAGCUGCUCAAAGGCCACGCCAUUGUCAUUUAUCGCAACUACUUCAAAGGCGAGCCCGAGCCCGCCGAUGACUAG